CCGCACCGCACAGGUUACAGCCACACACAUAAUGGGGAAGAAACAGAAAAAUAAGGAAGAUGACGGUUAGUGGCUCUACUAUCAGGCAUGAGGAGGUCUUGUCAUUGGAGAUCCACCAGCUUGCCAAAGAUGAUGGUGUUGACAUCGAUGCACUUGCGGCAGAGAUUGAGGGAGCAGGAACAGCCAAGGAGCAGAGCAAAGCAAAGAGCAAGAAAAAGAAAGGAAAGAAAGACGACUUUGAUGAGGACGACAUCCUGAAAGAACUUGAGGAGCUAACAAUAGAAAACCAAGAAGUAAAGUCUAAAGAAGCAGUAAAAGAAACCGCAAAGAAAUCAGAUUCAGUUGAUGACACCGAACCAGAGCCCUCUCUGACUAAAGCAGACAAGAAGAAAGCCAAGAAGGGUAAGAAGGCGAACCUGGAGGAUGGGGAGGGUGAUGAGGAUCAGGGUCAGAACAACAUGGAAAACAACCACAAGAUGAAAGAUAAGAAGGCAGUGGUGACUCCUGCUCCUUCUGGUCUUGCUUCAGACUCUGAGGACGAGGGCUCACGGUCACGGCAAAAGCCCAAGGCCAAGAAAAAUGGCUGCCGAAAGGGUGUGUCUGACUUGGAGGACGACGAUGAGGAUGGUGGUGUGAAAAAGGGUGGAGGAGGGGCGGGUGACGACAAUGAAUCAGACGAUGAUUCCCAAGUUACACGCAAGAAAAAGAAAGGCAAAGCAAAAGCCAAGCAGGACAGCGAUGUAGAGGAAGGAGAAGAAGGGUCCUUCAAGAUGAAAACGGCAGCACAGAAGAAAGCGGAGAAAAAAGAGAGGGACCGGAAGAAGAAAGAGGAGGAGAGGGCCAAGCUGAGGGCCAAGAAAGAGAAAGAGGAAGAGGCCACAAAGGAGGAAGGGAAACCAGCUGAACAAACAGAGAGCAAAAAAGUUGAGGCAUCAGUGGAACAGGAUGGAGCUGAUGUCCAGGGAGAAGAAGAGGCUGAGGGGGACAAAAAGAAAAAGGACAAGAAGAAGAAGAAAGGAGAGAAAGAGGAGAAAGAGAAGAAAAAGGGCCCAAGCAAAGCCACGGUGAAAGCCAUGCAGGAGGCACUGGCCAAAAUGAAAGAAGAGGAGGAACGAGCCAAAAGAGAAGAGGAGGAGAGACAGAGACGACUGGAGGAGAUGGAAGCUCAGAGACUGGAGCAGGAGCGUCUAGAGGCCGAAAGGAGGGAGAAGAAGAAACAGAAGGAUAAGGAGCGUAAAGAGAGACUGAAGAAGGAGGGAAAGCUCCUAACCAAGGCCCAGAAAGAGGCUCGAGCCAGAGCAGAAGCCACACUGCGAGCGUUGCAGGCUCAGGGUGUUGAAGUGCCAUCCAAAGAUGCAAUGCCAAAGAAGAAGCCUGUUUACUCUGAUAAGAGAAAAAAGAAGCCAACAGCACAAACACCUGAAGAAACUUCAGAGGUGGCAUCACCAACAUCAGAGACACCUCAGCCAAUCACAGCAGAGAUGGAAGUGGACCAGUCUAAAGUAGAGCCAGUCAAGGAGCCAAAGGUGGAGACAGCUGAUUUAGAUGACUGGGAGGCAAUGGCCAUUGACGAAGAGAAAGAGAUGAAGAAGGUUCACAUCCAGGUCAAGGAAAUUGCUACAACUACACAAAAACCUGCUCAAGACCAAGAGAAUGGCAGCGAGGAAGAAGAGGAGGAGGAGGAAGAGGAGGACGAAGAGGAGGAGAGCGAGGAAGAGGAGGAAAAAGAUGGCAGCAACAAGACGGCAUCAAACAAAGCAGGAAAAGAGCCGAGUUCAGAGUCCAGUACCGAGACCGAAUCCGAUGAUGAUCGAAGCAAAGAAGAGAGACUUUACGACAAGGCCAAGAGACGCAUAGAGAAACGGAAGCAGGAAAACCUGAAGAACAUUAACCUGGACAAGCUCCGAGCUCCGGUAGUUUGUGUACUGGGCCAUGUUGACACUGGAAAAACCAAAAUCCUGGAUAAGCUUAGACACACACAUGUUCAGGAUGGUGAAGCUGGUGGUAUCACACAGCAGAUCGGUGCCACAAAUGUUCCACAGGAAACCAUAAUGGAACAGACCAUGAUGGUGAAAAACUUUGACCGGGAGAACGUAAAGGUUCCUGGGAUGCUCAUCAUUGACACACCUGGUCACGAGUCCUUCAGUAAUCUUAGGAACAGGGGAAGUUCUCUGUGUGACAUCGCAAUCCUGGUGGUGGAUAUCAUGCAUGGUCUAGAGCCGCAGACGCUGGAGUCCAUCAACCUGCUUAAGGAGAAGAAAUGCCCCUUUAUAGUAGCACUUAACAAGAUUGACCGUCUGUAUGACUGGAAGAAGAGUCCAGACACAGAUGUGGUGGCCACACUAAAGAAACAAAAAAAGAACACCAAGGAUGAGUUUGAUGAGAGGGUUAAAUCCGUUAUCGUUGAGUUUGCUCAGCAGGGUCUUAAUGCUGCACUGUUCUAUGAGAAUAAAGACCCUCGUACGUUUGUGUCCCUGGUUCCCACCUCGGCCCACUCGGGCGACGGGAUGGGGAACCUCAUCGCCCUGCUUGUGGAACUCACUCAGAGCAUGCUUGUCCGCAGACUGGCCCAGUGUGAUGAGCUCCGGGCCCAGGUCAUGGAGGUAAAAGCUCUGCCAGGCAUGGGUACGACAAUAGAUGUGAUCCUGAUCAACGGCCGUCUGCAAGAGGGUGACACCAUUAUUGUCCCUGGUGUGGACGGACCAAUCGUCACUCAGAUCAGAGGGUUGCUCCUCCCACCACCACUCAAAGAGCUCAGAGUUAAGAAUCAGUAUGAGAAGCAUAAGGAGGUGUCCACGGCUCAGGGAGUGAAGAUCCUGGGGAAAGAUCUGGAGAAGACGCUGGCAGGUCUGCCCCUCCUCGUCGCCCAUAAAGAGGAUGAAAUACCAGUGCUGAAGGAUGAGUUGAUCCGUGAGCUGAAGCAGACGCUGAAUGCUAUAAAGCUGGAGGAGAAGGGUGUGUAUGUCCAGGCCUCCACCCUGGGAUCUCUGGAGGCUCUCCUGGAGUUCUUGCGUACAUCCAAAGUGCCUUAUGCUGGCAUUAACAUUGGUCCCGUCCACAAGAAAGAUGUGAUGAAAGCAUCCACUAUGUUGGAACAUGAUCAACAGUAUGCAGUGAUCCUGGCGUUUGAUGUAAAAAUAGAGAGAGAUUCUCAGGAGAUGGCUGACAGUCUUGGUGUGCGCAUUUUCAGCGCUGAGAUCAUCUACCAUCUGUUUGACGCAUUCACCAAGUACAGAGAAGAUUACAAGAAACAAAAGCAAGAUGAAUUCAAGUACAUAGCCGUGUUCCCCUGUAAGCUGCGUAUAUUACCCCAGUUCAUCUUCAACUCCAGAGAUCCCAUCGUCAUGGGCGUCACCUUGGAGGCUGGAGUGUUAAAAACAGGCACUCCACUGUGUGUGCCCAGCAAAGGGUUUGUAGAUAUUGGUAUUGUUACCAGUAUUGAAAUAAAUCAUAAGUCUGUAGAUACCGCUAAGAAAGGACAGGAGAUCUGUGUGAAAAUAGACCCGAUUCCUGGAGAAUCUCCCAAGAUGUUUGGCCGACACUUUGAAGCUGUAGACAUCAUUGUUAGUAAGAUUACGCGUCAGUCAAUUGAUGCUCUAAAGAACUGGUUCAGAGACGAGAUGCAGAAAUCAGACUGGCAAUUAAUCAUGGAGCUGAAGAAAACCUUUGAAAUCAUCUGAACACAUCAGUGACUGUGACUGAUGCUAGAUCUCAAAUGACCCCCUGUGCACACAUAUACACACUAUACAUUGUGCACUCCUAAGAUCACCUGCGAUCACGGAGUCAUCAGUGUUGCUCCAACGUUUAAAGACAUUUGUACACAGAUACAACCUUGCAUAGUCUUGUUUUGGGAACUAGUUUCUUGUGUGUGGUCAGGGGUGAAUAUUCACACCACUCCCCUUUUCCCCUCCAACUUGUAUUGGGUGGUGGGGAGUGUUUAUAAAAUGAAAAAAAAAUAAAAAAAAUAGAAGAAAUGGAAGGAAAGGAAGAAAAAAAAAAUGUUUUUCUGUGAGAAACUGAACCUAUUCCCACUGUUUUAAACAGUGACAAAUGUUAGGAAAUGUUAAGACAACCUUUACAACUAUUCCAAAUGUGCCUGUUUUCUCUUAUCAAUCGAUUUUUCUUUAAUUUCAUGAAUUGCCCCUGUCAAAGUUGAGCUGCUGAUUUGGUCCUGAGAUCUGGUCUUAGAUUUAGGCUGAGGUUUAAAUCUAAGGCUAUAAUGCUUUCACAGAUGACUGCUGGAGGCUGAGAUUUCAUUAUUUUAAUAUAAAAAAUUAUUACCUUGUCAGUAUUCUCAUUUUUGGAGUGCAGAGUUCUUAAAGGUCCUUUUAAAAUGACCCCCCCCCCCCCAUCCAUCCUCCUCCCAGGCAGAAACCGUCUCUCUCUCUCCUCCUCCUCUUCCUCUUCCAGGUUUCCUUUGUACCCAGAUACUUUUACCCAGAGUGUCAACUUGGAAGAAAGGCAUCUUUUACUCAUUUUGAAUCGGAUAUGUCAAAGAAAUGGCCUAUUUAUAGAUUCUGUUCUCAUCUCAAAGGUUUUUGAUUUGGUAAUGAUGUAAACUGUCAAGAAAUGUCCAUGUCAUAUGAGAAAUUAAAUUGAAGGAUUCCACAAUAUUUACCAAUAAAUCAAGCGUUUUU